AUGCAGGAAUCCGCAUUCCCAGCAAUGGCUUUUCAUCAGAGAUUGCUAAUGAUUGCACUGCUUACUUUUCGGCAUACAGUUGAGCGUUUCAAAAUCAGCGCCAUCAGGAAAAACGCAAGAAUGAAGGCGACAGCAUUUAUCCCGCUCCAUACAUUAGUGAACGCUUUACAAGAGUUACCAGACAUGAGUCGCGAAAUACUUUUCGACUACUUGAACUUCAUUGAUGGAGAUGGUACGAGGAACGAAACGGACUUGUACGAAAUGGAAAAAAAGUCACUGAAAAUCGUUGAAGCCUCACUAGUUGUGGCCAAAAACGUCUUCCCUGGCAAAGUUCAAGAGACUCGUGAACCACUGACGCUUGCAAUACAAAUAAUCCGCAUGAUACUCAGAGGAACUGUGCAGUUGUCAUUCUCUGAUUUGGAGCCAUUUUUUGUAGCAGUGAGUAGAACGGGACAGUAUAUGGACGAGAAAUACCCAAGCUACUCUAAUGACAAUAUCGAGUUCCCACUUUCUGCGCUGUAUGAUGCCAUCAAGGAGCUUUGCAACCUUGCGGCCAAACUGGACAUUCGGGGGCAACUUCUGAAAUACUAUUUUGAGCGUAGACUGGGUGUGGCUUGGAAGAAUUUGGAUAUC